AUGAGUGAUUUGAUAUUAUUCCGUCGACCUAGGAGAGCUGUCGACACAGCAUCACCAGAUCAUUGUCGUAUCUAUAGAAGUGAGAAACUGACAGUUACCUCCAAUAGAAAGUAUCCCUCUCUGAAGGGAAAUCAAAAUACUGCAAGAUAUAUCAAUAUCUCAACUAUGAAUACUAAACCAUCGUCUUUCAUGAAUCCAUAUAAAUACUGGAGUCAUAGAAGUUCUAAACGCCCUAUAGACAAUGUCUACAAUCCAUUAUCUCUGAAAGGAAAUAUACUCAAUAAAGACGAUUGUUAUAAUAAUGAUGAUAUUCAGUGUCCAAUAGAAACAUGUAAUCAAUUACACGUAUCUAAGCAUACACAACGUGCUCAUGACUUUGAAUGUUUGAAAUCUGAUCCAGUAGAUGCAUCAACAACAACAACAACAACAGAAAUUGACUUCACCGAUAUUUUACAAAAAAUUCCUCCACCAAUGAAACGAACACCAUUGUAUCAUGACUUAAUAAAGAUUGCUCGUGAAUUAAGAAAUGUCCUUCUACCGACUUUCGAGGCUGAUAUUACAUGUUCAAUUAAAAAACUUCCUAAGAAUUAUCAAGAAUCUUCUGUGGGACAUCAAAAUAAUUAUGCAAUUAUUUUGAAAGAGAAAUUAACCGACAAUGAGAUUAUUUUAUCUGAGUAG